AUGAAUCCACAAAUACAGCUACCACGGCCAAACGGGGGCCCUUCAAACUUCGGCUCAACACCAUCGACACGGCGUAGCGAGAUUCGUAUGCCGCGCUUCUUCAAGCGCCUGUUCAAGUUCCCGCAGAUGGACUUCGAGAUGGCCAUAUGGGAGAUCAUGAGUUUGAUAGUAGCACCGAAGAAGGUCUUCAGGCAGAUAUACUAUCAUAAACAAACAACCAAAACCUACCACCGCCCCGACCCAUCCUUUACCUACCUCCUCUCCUUUUUCCUCACCGUGACAUCCCUUGCGUGGGGUUUCGCGUACGCCGACGGCUUCACACAAACGCUUCACAUCACACUGGUGUUUAUAUUCGUACACUUCCUCCUGCUGUCCCUCGUCACAGCAACGCUAUUCUACUUGUUGGUGGGCCGGCUGCUGGGGCCAGGGAACUCGCUGCUGCCUGGGCGAAGAAGGGGCCUGUACAACUUAGGCGACACAGAGAGCAAGGAAGAGUUGGAGUUUGGGUACUGCUGGGACGUAUCGAUACGUGCGUUUGUGCCGGUGUGGGUAUUUCUCUACGUGGUGCAGUUCUUGUGCAUGCCGCUGGUGGGAACAAAUCAUUGGGUGUCGCUACUCCUUUCGAAUACCCUUUACAUCUUCGCGCUUACCUACUACUUCAUCAUCACUUUCCUCGGCUACAACGCGCUCCCUUUCCUACACCACACGGAGCUUCUUCUUGUACCGUGCGCGGUGGCAACAAUUCUGUGGUUCAUAUCGCUCUUUGGGUUCAACAUGUCCAAGCACUUUGCGCCUGUGCUAUGGGCGGGUGCUAGACUGCGUAAACAGGUGGGUUGA